AAGCCAUUGUUCUGUCCAUAUGAGAAUAUAUAUUCAAUUUAGGAGCUGUGAGCCAAGUGGAAGAGUCCAGCCCCACCCGAUGGUGAGAACAACAUGACGAACUUGAAUGCAUCACAUGCCAACCACCAUAACUUCAUUCUGACAGGUAUCCCAGGAAUGCCAGACAAGAACCCAUGGUUGGCCUUUCCCCUGGGAUUUCUCUACACAUUCACACUCCUGGGAAGUGGUACCAUCCUACCUGUCAUCAAGGUGGAGCCGAGUCUCCAUGAGCCCAUGUAUUACUUCCUUUCUAUCUUGGCUCUCACUGACGUUAGUCUCUCCAUGUCCACCUUGCCCUCCAUGCUCAGCAUCUUCUGGCUUAAUGCCCCUGAGAUUGUUUUUGAUGCAUGCAUCAUGCAGAUGUUCUUCAUCCAUGUAUUCGGAAUAGUAGAAUCAGGAGUCCUAGUGUCCAUGGCCUUUGAUAGAUUUGUGGCCAUCCGAAACCCAUUACACUAUGUUUCCAUCCUCACUCACAAUGUUAUUGGAAAGAUUGGAAUAGCUGUCCUCACCCGGGAAGUCUGUGUGGUCUUCCCUGUGCCCUUCCUUAUACAGCGCCUACCCUUCUGCCAUUCCAAUGUCUUGUCUCAUUCAUAUUGUCUUCACCAAAACAUGAUGCGGCUAGCUUGUGCCAGCACCCGCGUCAACAGCCUCUAUGGCCUCAUCGUCGUCAUCUUCACACUGGGGCUCGAUGCUCUCCUCAUUCUACUGUCUUAUGUACUCAUCCUGAAGACUGUGCUGGGCAUUGCCUCCAGAGGUGAAAGGCUGAAAACCCUCAGCACCUGCCUCUCUCACAUGUCUGCCGUGCUUCUCUUCUAUGUUCCUUUUAUUGGUGCCUCCAUGAUCCACAGAUUUGGGGAGCAUUUAUCACCAGUAGUGCACAUGCUCAUGGCUGAUAUAUACCUACUGCUCCCGCCUGUGCUAAACCCCAUUGUCUACAGUGUGAAGACCAAGCAGAUUUGAAGAACGAUCUUUAAAGUGUUCCAGAGGAGAAAAAAUAUAGGGUCUAGUAGAAUGGAAUCAUGAGUAAGAAGCAGAGUAAGUAUCCACUGGAAGAAUUAAUUAUUUAAUUUUCCACAGUUAUGGUGCGUUAAA